GGCAAGAUGGCGGACCGUGUGCAGCGUAUUUUCUGAGCUCCGUCUGCUUGUCCCAAUUUUACACAUACUUUAAAAUCCACCUCAAUUCUAUGUGAUCGUAUGAAUCUCUAAUACAUCAUACCGACGCUUUAACCUUACAGUGCUCCGGAAAUUGCAGCAUGAAGACGAACAAGAAGCUCUCUUCAGCCCGCAGUAGCUCGGAGAUUUACGGCCAUGAUGAUGCUAAGAUGGAGGUCUCUACCGAGAGCUCCAAAAGAAAAGAGCCUUUCUCUCCAGCGAAGAACCCACCAGCAACUAAAAAGAAGGACACUGGGUCAGAGGAAGAUGUCCAGCAGCUGUUGGUGUGUAAAGACGAGCUUCCACCUGAGCAGCAGGAGUGGAGCCACAUUCUGGACCAGGAGGACACUAAGCCCCAACACAUUAAAGAAGAACAUGAGGAACUGUGGAUCAGUCAGGAGGAAGAACAGCUUCAAGGACUGGAUACCACCAAGUUCCCCUUCACUCCUGUCUCUGUGAAGAGUGAAGAUGAUGAAGAGAAACCUCAGUCCUCACAGCUUCAUCAGAGACAAACUGAACAGAUGGAAACAGGAGUUGAUGGAGAGGACUGUGGAGGAGCAGAACCAGAGAGAGACUCAGAUCCAGAGAGACGUUCACAACCAGAGACUGAGGUCGAGACUGAAGACUCUUAUGAACCUGAGACUGAUGACAGUGAUGAUUGGCAAGAGACAGGAGAACAUCUGUUAGAAUUAAACUUGAAAAAUAAGAAACUAGAGACUGGUAAGAGACCACACAGCUGCUCGGAGUGCGGUAAAAGAUUUAACCGAAAAGGAUCUCUGACCAGUCACAUGAUGAUGCAUACUGGAGAGAAACCCUUCAGUUGCUCUGAGUGCGGUAAAAGAUUUAACCAUAAGUCUAGUCUGACAUAUCACGUGGCAAAUCAUAGAGAAAAACCCUUCAGUUGCUCUGUUUGCAGUAAAAGGUUUACCAAAAGAGUAAAUCUGACUACACACAUUUUAGGUCAUACAGGAGAGAAACCCUUCAGUUGCUCUCACUGUGGUAAAAGGUUUAGUUCCAAGAGAAUUCUGACCAAACACAUGAUGAUUCACACUGGAGAGAAAUGCUACAGCUGCUGUGAGUGUGAGAAAAGCUUUAGCCAAAAACAGCAUCUGACCAGACACAUCUUAGUUCAUACAGGAGAGAAACCUUUCAGCUGCUCUGUUUGCAGUAAAAGAUUUAACCGAAAAGAUCUUCUGACCAGUCACAUGUUAGAUCAUACAGGAGAGAAACUCUUCAGCUGCUCUGUUUGCAGUAAAAGUUUUAACCAUAGAGUAAGCCUGACCAGACACAUGUUAGUUCACACAGGAGAGAAACCCUUCAGCUGCUCGUUUUGCAGUAAAGAUUUUACCCAAAGAGGAAAUCUGAACAAACACAUGAUGAUUCACACAGGAGAGAAACCUUUCAGCUGCUCUGAGUGUGGUAAAAGGUUUAGUUCUAAGGGACAUCUGACCAGACAUAUGAUGAUUCACACAGGAGAGAAAUGCUAAUCCUGUGCAAUGGUAAAACUGAGCCAAAGGAAUCCAAGUUAACAACAUCAUUAAUGUGUAUUCAUAAGUAUGUAUUGACUAACAGAUGUAUAACUGUUGUUAUAAAGGGAUAUAAGACAAUUCUAUUCACAGGAAUCUGUCUGUACUUUUUUGACAUUGAUGUUUUGUUGCGGCCAUAUGAACCAGUAAGUUGGGAUCCGCUGUGACGUUUGAAUUGAAAGGGUUAAAGGGUUUGUACCCUCGGAUUGAACCUUCGGUAGAAAUUGGUGAAGCUAAGGAACCGUUGGAGCUGCUUGCAGGAGGAAGGGAAAGGAGAGUAAAUCUAACUCUACAGCAGAGGAUUUCAUCACAUCGAAGGAAUCAGGAGCAGUCACAAACGUAAUAAGAGCAGCUGCACUGACUAAACAGAGCGAUGUGCAGCCCAACGUCAAACAAGCUGCUCAAAAAGAGAAGAAAAAUGCAGAAAACAUCGGCUUUCAACUAGAAAUAGUCAAUGCAAAGCUUAUUUUCUAAUACACCUGUUGGCCUAAUGUGUGUUUUUAUUGGGUUUAAAAGAAGCAAAACACCAAGAUACGAGAAGGGAAAGAACGUGGGAGAGGAUGGGUGGAGGGAUGAUGACCAUUAAUAUCACACAUAGAGAAAAAAGAAAGUGGAAGGACUGGGAGCAGCUGGGCUGAUAAACGAGAGAGAGAGGGACGAGCCAAGGUCUCAGGAGGACACUUAACAUUUUAAAAGCAUGCAAGUGUAACAGUUGUUACAGAAAAAAGCACCUGCACAGCAGAAAGGUUAUCUUGUUGCUCGUUCAACAAACACUGAGAACAGGUUCAAACGUUGUUGUUUGCAUGUUGCAUGUGAGAUGUUGCACGGACACUCUCUUAGGAUAAUAUUCUCGGGCGAUCCGCAGAGUACUUUGCAAACUUUUAUUUCCCACCAUGGAGACGUGCAGAACAGAACCUGAAUGUGCAUGUAAUGUCAGGUGGAGGUCGGGGUGGUGGAGGCAGAGUGGAUGUGAUCCAGCCUGAAGAUUUCUGCCUUUUAAUAAGGCAGUUUUUUCUUACCACUGUAACUUUUGCUGCUUUGCUAAAGUGCUCAUG